AAAUGGAAUGUACUGUAUAUGUACAGAACAAGUGAAGCGAGACUCUCGUCGGGGAUAAACAGAAACACAUGGUUACGUACGAGUUUGAGGAGGUCGUCACCGAAUAACCAGGAUAACCUUCCUAACAGGAGAUGGGGCUCGUUUCGACACAACGGGCGACGUCAACAACUCGGGUCCAAUGCACUAGCCAGCCAGUUGUACCGGAGUUCGAGUUUCAAUUCGUCCGGCAGAAGCAGCACGUGCGACACUGCUGAUGAUACUAGCAUGUACUCGGAUGCUUCUUUGGAAGAGGACGUGCAUGAUUUGCAUCACAAAGUGAGUACCUGA